CAACAAAUCUCACGUUAAUUAUGGUUUUUUUUUCAAUGUCAAUUGAACAAGUUGUAAAUUAUUAUUAAAUUGUUUUUAAAAUAGUUUUAACUUGAUCAUCAAGAUGUUAACAAUCACAGCGUGCAUUAUAAUUGCCUUUGUUUUAUUGUUGGUUCUUCUGCAUUUUAUCAUGCAUCGAAUGAAGGACACGACGAAAUAUUUGAAGAAUAUUCCUGGACCCAAACCGAUUUUUCCUAUUGGAAAUAUGUUGGAUUUUAUUAAAGGAUCUACUGUUGUUCUGGAAAAUCUGCAAGCCUAUUUGAAAAAAUACGGUGACACGGUUAUCGUUCACACUAGUUCCUUUAGUUGGAUGGUAGUCACUGUGGACUAUGAAUUUUGCGAGUUAUUGUUCAAUUCCAAUACUCACAUAGACAAAGCACGCGAGUACGAGUAUUUGAACAACUGGCUUGGAAAAGGACUUUUAACGAACAAAGGCGCAAACUGGAGAAGCCGCAGAAAAGUUAUAAUACCCUCGUUCCAUUUUUCAAUUUUUCAAGAGUUCAUCCCUUUAUUCAACAGCGUCGGUGAUAAUUUAGUUACUAAACUAAAAAAUGAAGUUGGUAAAGAAAGCCUAGAUAUUUUGCCCCUUGUUUCCUUCUAUGCACUUGACGUUAUUUGCGAAGCGGCCAUGGGUGUUAAAAUAAAUGCCCUCGAUCAGAAAAAUUCAGAUUAUAUAGGAAGUAUCAAGGAAAUGUGCAGGAUCGUUGUUGAACGGACGUUUUCCUUAUUCAACCCUUUAGUUUAUCCAUUGACACCAAACUAUUACAAGGAACGCAAAGCUUUGAAAGUUAUUCAUACGUAUGUAAACGAUGUCAUAUCGGAAAAAAUUGCAGAACAAGAAAAAAUGAGCAAUGGAAAAAACACAAAAGAUAAAAACGACGAUUUGGGCGUCAAGAAGCAUUUGGCAUUCUUAGAUUUACUCUUAGAAGCCCGUAUUGAUGGCGAACCAUUCACAAGGAAAGAUUUACAAGAUGAAGUUAAUACUUUUAUGUUUGCGGGCCACGACACCUCAUCUUCCGCAAUCAGUUUUUGUUUAUUUAUGCUGGCCACAAACCUCGAUGCACAGCAAAAAGUUAUCGAAGAACAAGUUGAAAUUUUCGGUUCUGAUCUAAAAUCAGCUUCACCCACGUACAAACAGCUCAACGCAAUGAAAUAUCUGGAUUUGGUUAUCAAAGAAACCCUUAGGCUUUAUCCUGCGGUGCCGUUUUUUGGUAGAAGCUUGGCCCAUGAUUUGGAAUUUAAAGGAUCGUUAUACCCAAAAGGUACAACCGUAGCAAUAUUUCUGUACGGAUUUCAACAAAAUGCCGAUUAUUUUCCUGAGCCAGAUAAAUUUAUCCCUGAGAGAUUCGAGUCAACGAAUAAUACAAAAUUUCCCUAUAGUUAUACACCGUUUAGUGCUGGACCUAGAAAUUGUAUAGGAAAAAAAUUCGCAAUACUGGAGAUGUUGUCUGCUGUUUCAAAAGUGGUGAGAAACUUUGAACUUUUGCCAGCCAAACCGCAUCAUAAACUUCAAUUAGCCUCUGAGGCUAUAUUAGUUUCGAAAAAUGGAGUCAGGAUAUCUAUACGAGACAGAACAUUACGCUCAUGAAGCUUCAAAUUGUGUAAAAUAUUAAUAAAACGGAAAAAUAUAGCAGAUUUUUUGAUUUGAGUUGGUGAAUGCAUUUGAUUA